AUGGGACUUCGAUUCCGUAUGCCAAAGCUGGUGGUGGAGGGGUCCAAAGGGCGAGAGGCCUCUCUUGAGAACGAUGACCUGCUUCCUAUUCCUAUCGAGAGGCGAACAUGGGACUUUAUGACAUUCAGCGUCUUCUGGUUCUCCGCCGUGGGGACUGUGGCGAACUGGCUCGGUGGUGGAACGUUCUUGUCUUACGGUAUCUCGGUCUGGGAUGGUAUCCUCUGCAACUUCUUCGGCUAUCUCCUGAUCUCCUUCUUCAUGGUCAUCAACGGUCGUGCCGGCUCCGUCUACCACGUCGGUUUCCCAGUCUACUGUCGGUCUUCUUUCGGCGUCUACGGAUCCUUCUGGCCCGUUUUCAACCGCGCUCUCUCCGCCUGUGUCUGGAACGGCGUCAACACUGUCACCGGCGGGCAGUGCAUCUACAUCUUCCUCCACACCAUCUUCCCCUCCAUCGCUCGUCUUCCCAACAAGAUGCCGUCCUCUUCAUCACUGUCCUCGGCAAACAUGAUCGGCUUCUUCUUGUUCUGGGCAUUCACCGGUAUGGCCUUGUUUUUGUCGGUGCCAAAGUGGAAGAUCUUGAUCCAUAUCAAGCUUGUCGCCUACGUCCUCAGUUCGGUUGGCAUGCUCGCUCUUGCGUUGACGCACAGCGGUGGAGUAGGCGAUACGCUUACCGCCAAGGCGAGGGUUCAUGGGAGCGAGAGGGUAUGGCUGAUCGUUCGUUUCACCUUGCUUGCGGCGGCGGGAUGCUCGACUUUUGCUAGUAACGCGAGCGAUUGGCAGAGGAACGCUACGCAUCGCCGAGACCCCAUCUUUGGUCAAAUAUUCGGAUUCCCCUUGUCUAACUUCAUCACGACUCUCUUUGGCAUGAUCGUAGCUGCCUCUUCCGAACGCGCUACCGGUACCCUCAUCUGGAACCCCCUCACAUACCUCGACCAUAUCCUUACGACCAACUAUGACGCCAAGACCCGUGCGGGCGCUGCCAUCAUCUCUGCCGGCUUCGCGUAUUCGGCGUUGUUUUCCUGUGUGUUUGAGAAUGUGUUGCCGGCGGGGAACGAUAUCAGUUCGUUGGCGCCGAAAUAUAUAUCUAUGAAGAGGGCUUUUGCAGUCUGUAUGAUCGUCACUGUCGUUAUCUGCCCAUGGUACCUCCUCGGCUCCGCCUCCAUCUUCAUCUCCUUCAUUUCUUCCUACCAAAUCUUCCUCUUCGCCAUCAUCGGCGUCUGCCUCGUCGACUACUAUAUCAUCUCUAAAGGCCGCCUCGACUUGGGCUGGAUGUACACGGCGAACAAGGAGGGGAUGUAUUGGUACAAGUGGGGUAUCAAUUGGAGGGCUAUCGCGGCGUAUGUCGUUGGGGCGGGGGUGAACUUUGCUGGGUUCUUGAACAAUAUGGGCGUUAGAGGUUUCUCCACAUCUGUCGUUCGGUCUUUCUACUUUGCGUUCAUCACCACCGGCUGUGCAUCUGGCCUGACAUACUACCUCCUCGCGGCAGUCUUCUUCCCUCAAGAGAACUUUAAGAGAUUUAGAGGACUGAAGUUUAGGGAAUGGACAGAGGAAGAAGUAGAAAUGUACGUCGCUGGAGCACCUUGGAGAGAUGCCCCGGGAGAGGUCGGGAAGCCGGAGAUAGGAGAGGAUGGGGUACCGGUUAUAGGUAUGAGCGGGAGGGAUGUGGAUAACAGUACGCCGGAGGAGGAUGAGAAGAAGGUGUAUGGGACGACUACGGCGGUUUUGGAGGUGUAG